AUGUAUGUCGACGCUCUGUGGCUCACUUCACAUCUACUGGGUGCUCGAGCGGCGAUUCUUAUGGGAUGCGCGGCUAAAAAGCGCGAUCUCCCACGAUUGAGGUCACGGGAUUAUGCGCAAAUAAUCUUCUUUAUUGCAAAGGAGAUUCCAUGGGAUGCACUCAAGCAUUGGGAGGUUUAUGACCACGAUUGGCCAGCAAAUGACUUGGACUCUACGGUCCCAACCAAACGAAAGCACCUAACCUUAGACGAAGAGCCUAACCAAGGAAAGGUCCCAAUAAUUGAAAACCAAGAACGACCAGCCAUUAGCGAAGACACUGAAGUUAUUUCGCAGAACCUGGAAACGUUCUGGCGAAAAACAUCCAAUGCUGCAAAAACAUUUUUUAACUUUCUUUGUGAGCUCGGACACGAUGAUAUUCCCGAAAUUCUAGUUCUUCGCAUGAUGAAGCAGAAUGAAGGAUGGGAUUGUAACGGGAGAUCAUUGCGCACGCAAAUUCCACGUUAUAUCCAUAUUUUCGAUGAUCUAGUUUCCGGGAAAGCGUAUGACUUCACCUUGAUGUUUCUCAUGAAGCGACUGAUCUUGGAGAAACCGGGUGAAUUCGAUCGAACUCUGCUCGUAAUUCCGCAAGGCGUUAGAAAAAUCUUUGCCGCUCAAGGAGCGCCAAUCCCACACCUUGAAUGGCAACGGCUCGUGCUUGUUUCUCACGCAUUUCCAGGUCGUUUGGAAGAACCAUGGUUUGCCGAUACUGGUCGUGUCUUACUGCCUCAACUUCAGGCAGCAAUUCGAAAAUGUCCGAACUUGAAGUCAAUGAUUAUUGAAAACCCUUUCGAAGGCUUUCGGGUUCUUUUGGCCCUGAUUUUGUCGUCUAAAAUCCCCGGCACUUGUUGGAAAGUAGAAGCCCUGACCAUGGCCACCGACAUUCUCGAUUCAAAGCCAGGCAUCGAAGAAAACGACACAACCUACCUCCAAGGUCUUUUAGAACUCAGAAAAAGAGACAUCUCUCGCAGACUGGAAGGUAUUCGUUUCGAUACAACGAACUGUGAAGGUGCAACGUCACAUCCCAUCGACCCUCGCUCAAAUUCAAUAUGCGGCGCAAUUCUACGAUCUCAAGCUCAGGAUUGUAUCAUGUCCGAUCCUUCUAAGCUGAAGGAACCGGUAGAGAUACUGGGAAAAUUUAAUGCCUGGGAUCCAUUCAAUCCAAGUGAAAUGGAACAGCAUGAACUGAACCUGAGAGAAUUCUUUUUGGUUUGUGGUCACAUCAUAUUGCGACUCUCUGCGAAUUACACAAUUUCCAGCAAGCAGAAAGUUGGUCACUUUGGGCUGUCAAAGGCUACGAGGACCUACGCGAGCAAGGUAUCUUUCCAAGACGUCAAAAGCGAUUUCGCUUGCUACGGCUUACCUUCGCCGAGACACUGGUAUCAAAGGCUAUUUUUGGUAGAAUAUCUGCAAGAACCGCUUGCGAUGAUCCAAAUCUUCCUGCUUUGGACCAAGCAGACGCUAUAUUUGGUCAAUUGGUAUCAGAAGUUGAUGUGA